AUGUCUCAGGCCAUUCCGCUUUCCAGGAUCACCACCCCGCACAGUGCCAGUCCGUACGUUGCCGCCCCCGACAGUCCAGGACAGGCCGAGAUCCAGAAUGUCUUCGGAUACGAAGAGCCGGAUGAAGCCCUGAACAUCUCCCGGCCAUGGCAGAGGAACCUUUAUAUGCUAGUGGAACAGCCAACAUCCUCUCAGCCAGCAUUCCUAGUCCACCUCUUCACGACUUUCCUGAUUGUCCUCUCCGCUGUGGUUACCGUGCUCGAGACUGUUCCUGCGUUCCACUCUAUCUCUGGCAGCUUCUGGUUUGGACUGGAAACAACACUAGUUGUGCUCUUCACUAUAGAAUACACUGCACGAUGCAUCGCUCACGCCACAUCCUGGAUGAGGUUCUUCAAAUGGGUCACUUCUUUCUUUGGGAUCAUAGACUUGCUGGGUAUACUACCAUAUUAUAUUGAAAUCGCGCUACAGCAAGAUACCUCCGUUCUCUUCAGGUUCACAAUCCUGCGUACUUUUAGGCUACUACGUGUAUUUCGACCAUUCCGCUAUAAUAACACCAUACUUCUGCAUGUCACCAUCGAAGUAAUGUUUCUGUCGUUUCGGCGGUCACAACAUGCCCUCCUGGCCCUGUCGUUCUUCGUCGUCAUGGUGCUAGUUGUAUUCAGCACGCUCCUUUACUUCUGUGAGCGGGGAACAUGGGACGAGACAUUGGGAACUUUCCUAAACUCGGACGGCGAUCCGAGUCAGUUUGCAUCGAUCCCAGCCGCAGGAUGGUUUGUCCUAGUGACUAUCACCACGGUGGGAUACGGCGAAAUCACCCCCCGGUCCUUCUUGGGACGGCUGAUCACCCUCCCGUUGCUCGUGUUCGGUUUGCUGCUGAUCGCACUGCCUACAUUUGUGCUCGGUAGAGAGUUUAGUCUUGUCUGGGAACUCAUGGAAGAGAACCAGGCCCACGACACAGAAGAUGUCGCUGAGGAGAUCAUGAAUGACCCCCUUGCCUCGCCUAUGCUCAGCCGCUCGCGCUCUGUUCGGGAUCUCGCAUCCACAACCGGUCUCUGGCAGCAUGCCCAAGAAGAGCUCACGCGCCCCCGCAGGAUUGCGAGCAAUAGCGGGACAGGGGCGAAUCAGGCGGAGUUGGUUGCGCAGAUCGCAGAACUGCGGGAGAAGGUGUACGAGCAGGAUGAGAUGCUGCGGCGAAUCAUGACGGCAGUAGAAGGACGCAGCGCGGAGACGUGGCCACGCAGCAGGUAG